AUGGAUCUUUCCACAGCCGAUGACGACGAAGCUCGCGCCACAGAGCUUGAGACCCUCGAGGCCAUCUAUCCCGAACUUCGGCGGACAAACGACAGUGGCUAUGCCUUUGAGCUUGAGCUGCCCGUGGAACCGGCCGCGCCCGUAACCGUCACCUUUCCAGCGGCGGCUUCAUCUGACCAGCUUCUGAACGGCUCAACAUCUGCCGCUCCAGCCCUGGAAGAUUCUCUCCAGGUCUCUCAUCUGCCGCCCCUUGCUUUGCACAUCACGCUGCCAGAAGGCUAUCCCGCAGAAUGUGCCCCUCUGGUCAAGAUCUCAACCACGCCUCAGUGGCUCUCGGCUGAGAUGCUUUCACGCCUUGCGGGAGAAGCACCCCGGCUGUGGGAGGAAAUGGGACGAGAUCUGGUGGCCUACGCUUAUAUCGAUCAUGUCCAGCGGGCCGCUGACGACGUAUUCGGGGCCAUCACUGCCGAAGGCACUCUUCAAGUCCACCCAGAGCAUAAACUCGCUGUGCUGGACUACGAUAUCAAAGCUAAAAAGGCGGCCUUUGAUAAGGAAACCUUCGAUUGCGGCAUUUGCUUAGAUCCGAAGAAAGGGUCAAAAUGUCACAAGAUGCUUGACUGCAGUCACAUCUUUUGCUUGCAAUGCCUCCAUGACUUCUACAACGAUGCCAUCAAAGAGGGCAACCUAUCAACCGUUCGCUGCCUGGCCCCCAACUGCGCCAAAGAGCGGGCCGCCGCCAUCAAAGCUGCAGGAAACAAGGCAGGCAAGCCCAAGACCUUUGUUAGCCCCAGCGAGUUGCUGCAGAUUGGCCUCGCUGACGACAUGGUCAAGCGUUAUGUUGAUCUCAAGUACAAGACGGAACUUGAGUCUGACAAAAACACCAUAUAUUGCCCGCGGCAGUGGUGUAAUGGAGCUGCACGCUCCAAGAAGCACAAGAAGCCUUUGGGGCUCGACUUUGGAGAAACGUCGGAUGCCGAGUCUGACCAAGAGGAGGAGAAUGAAAAGGGGGGAAGCAAGUUUAACCUUGGUGACUUGCUCUCUGUCUGUGAAGACUGUGGGUUUGCUUUUUGCAGUCGGUGCUAUCAGUCAUGGCAUGGGGAGUUCUUCCAUUGCGCACCCAGGCGCCAAAACGGUGAGCUCACUGAGGAUGAAAAGGCCUCCAUCGAGUAUCUCAAGCUGCAUACGAGUCCCUGCCCAACCUGUAAUGCCCCUGCACAAAAGACUCACGGCUGUAACCACAUGAUAUGCUCACGAUGUGACACGCACUUCUGCUAUCUGUGCUCCUCGUGGCUGGAUCCAGCGAACCCGUACCGGCAUUAUAACCAACAAGAAAAUGGCAAGGUCACAUCAUGCUAUAUGCGUCUGUGGGAGCUGGAAGGAGGAGAUGGCGAUGACGUCGGCCUGGAGUUUGCCGGCGGUCGAGGCGCCGCACUCCACGAGGACGCCCCUGAAGCCGCACCGGACGAUGGUGAAGCUCAGGAGUGGCUCGCCAUAGCUGUCGAAGAGGUGGACGACGAUGCUGAAAACAAUGCCAACGCCAACGCAGCAGUGCAGCUUGACGAGAAUGGCCAGAGAGUUGCGGUAGCUCGCGAAGCACCUCUUGUUCUACGACUCAUGGACAACCCCGUCAACAACGGCCACAACAACGAUGAUAACAACCAGGGGCGUGGCGGGCAUCAUGCUGCAAACAACCAGCCCAUCAGAGCACGCGGCGGUGGAGGAGCUGGAAGAGGACGUGCCAAUAAUGCACAGGGCCCAAAUCGCGGUGCAGGCCAAGCCAUCAACUACAAUGGCAGAGGCAAUGUCGCCAAUCGCGCCAGGGGCGCCAGAGGCGAUGCCCGCCGAGGCCAUGAUGGUGGACGAGGAGGAGCUCGAAGACGAGAAGGCGGAGGCCCAGGUCGAGGCGGCAUGGUUCGUGGCGAACCUGCUGCAGCGGCAGCGGCAGCAGUAAGGCAACAGAAUCCAAAUCUUGACAACAACGCCAACAACAACGAGGACGUGCUCGAUCCUGCUCAAGAGGCUUGGAUCCGACACUUUGUUCAGAUGGCUCUCAUCGAUGCCGAAGAUCAAGUAGAAGGCGGCGAUUCAGACGAAGAUAACGAGCAUUGGCGUCGUCGGUGA